UUCAGCUAAAGAACGUAAUAAAACCUGGCCUGAUAAUAAUCAAAGCGAUGUGACUAAUAGCUUUACUGCUUCAAUGGCUGCGUUUAGUGAGACUAUGAAUCAUUUGGGCUUCGUUCAAACAGAA